ACCAUCUCCCACCCGCCCCCUCGUAAGUAUCCCGCGCCGCAACCGCGCCGGCCGCACCGCAUCUUCGCCGCUGCACUCGCACUCUUCGCUGUCGCGUCUCUGCGCAUCAUGUGCGCGCCCGCCGGCUGGAGCGCAUGCGCGCCGAGCGCCUGCGUGCAGCGCUGCUGGCGUCGAUGCCGCGGCUGCGAUGAGGAGGGCCGAUGAGGAGGGACACAUUUGGCUGGUCGGAACAGUUGGCUGAUGCAGCCCUGUACCCUUCCAGAAGGACACUUCUCGCUCCGACACCUCUGCCCAUCAUGGUCCGCAUCUCCGUUCUCAACGACGCCCUGAACAGCAUUGUCAACGCUGAGCGCAAGGGCAAGCGCCAGGUGCUUGUGCGCCCGUCGUCCAAGGUGACGGUCAAGUUCCUGAGUGUCAUGCAGCAGCACGGCUACAUCGGCGAGUUCGAGAUCGUCGACGACCACCGCUCCGGCAAGAUCGUUGUCCAGCUCAACGGCCGGAUCAACAAGGCCGGUGUCAUCUCGCCGCGCUUCAACGUCUCGCUCGGCCAGAUCGAGCAGUACGUCUCCAACCUGCUGCCCGCUCGUUCGUUCGGCUGCAUCGUCCUCACCACCUCGGCCGGCAUCCUCGACCACACCGAGGCGCGCCGCAAGCACGUUGCCGGCAAGAUCCUCGGCUACUUCUACUAAGCGUUGGGACGCGUAUAGUAGCUGCAGCGGGGAUGGGGAGAGGAGAGGUCAUUUUUUUCUAGCCGCGUCCAUGCAUCAUUCCAAAACAUGUACAACGCUUCUUCUCGUUCAUGACAUGAAUGCCUAGAUCGAGCGGGCGUG